AUGACCGUUCAAACAUCUCCGGUCGAGAGCAUCUCGGCCGAUAACGAGAAGAAACCCUCAUAUUCUCAGGCUACAGGCGAUGGCGCACUGCAAUUACUCGAAGCCGGCUCGCCAAGCGUUCUCGAUCCUGCAGCGUCGAGACGACUAUUGCGCAAAAUCGAUUUGUAUAUCAUGCCCCUGAUCUGCAUCGUAUACUUCCUACAGUAUCUCGACAAAAUCGCCGUCAGUUAUGCCAGUGUUACAGGGCUGCGCGAGUCUACACACCUGCACGGCAACCAAUUCAACUGGGUGUCGAGUAUCUUCUUUUUCGGUCAGCUUGCGCUCGCCUUCCCCACAAUGCGCUUGAUGCAAUCAUUCCCACUCGCCAAAUACGUCUCCGUCAACGUCACAGUCUGGGGCACCAUCCUGGCCUGCAUGGCCGCCUGCAAGUCCUUCGCCUCUUUGAUGGUCUGCCGCGCACUUCUGGGUGCCGCCGAAGCCGCCAUCAUCCCCGCCUGGGUCGUCUUCACCUCACAGUGGUACCGAAAGGAAGAACAGGCUUUCCGCGUCGGAUUGUGGUUCUCCAUGUGUGGAUUUGCGCAGAUGUUCGGCGGCUACGUCGCGUACGGCGUAGCAACCCACAUCGGUGGAGACCCUAGUGCCUCUCUGCGAGGUUGGCAGGUUAUUUUCCUGAUUCUGGGUCUGUUGACCGUGGUGGUUGGCAUUACCUUCUUCUUCUGCUUGCCUGAUUCCCCUUUAACAGCGGGAUUUUUGACCACGGAAGAAAAGGCAAUGCACGCGGAGCGCCUUCGUGGUAACGGACAGGGCAUCGGAAGCAAUGUCUUCAAGAAAGAGCAGGUCUACGAAGCCCUUACCGACCCGCACACCUGGCUCUACGCUUUCUGGGUCAUGGCGGCCAAUGUACCAAACUCCACUGCAACGAGUUUCGGAAACAUCAUGGUAACGGGCAUGGGAUACACGAAAACAGAAAGUCUUUUGCUUGUCACCCCAAUGGGUGCUUAUGAGGUCGUGGUGCUGAUCGGCCUAACCUAUCUGGCCAUGAAGACCCAGCGCCGACUCUUCUGGUGCAUCGUUGGCCAUAUUCUGGCUAUUGUCGGUGCGAUUUUGAUGGCAACCACCAACAAGGUCCCUGCCCUGAUCGGAUACUAUCUCACCGGAGGUAUUCCUCUCGGCUGGACGACGAUUCUUGGUCUCACCAGUACCAAUGUGGCCGGAUCAACCAAGAAGAUCACCGUGUCCUGCAUCCAGACUAUCGCCUACACUGUUGGCAACAUUAUCUCGCCACAGACCUUCCAGGCUAAAGAUGCCCCUGGGUAUCUGCCCGCCAAGAUCUCUAUCUGCGUGCUGUAUUUCGUCGUCACGCUGGAUCUGUGCCUUAUCUGGUGGGUGUCGCAGCGGGAGAAUAACCGACGUGACCGGGAGAAGGAGGCAUUGGGUGAUGCGUACGUUGUUCCAGAAAACAGUGCGUUUUUGGACUUGACGGACCGGCAGAACCCGGAAUUCCGUUAUGUGAUAUGA